AUGGCUAGUAGCAAUACUAUUGAAUCGCUCAUAGGAACAUGGGAUCAUGUUCGCAGUGAAAAUUUGGACGAUUUCUUGAAAGAGGUGGGUGUUCCUAUGCUUAUUCGUAUGAUGGCAACACGUUCGAAUCCACGUGUAGUAAUCAGUGAAAAAGAUGGUGUCUGGACAAUACGUACUGAAACAAUAUUAAAAACUCAAACAACUACUUUUACUCCUGGUGUUGAAUUUACAGAUACCACUCCUGGCGGACAGCAAGUGCAGACACUUAUUGUUUUUGAAAAUGGCACGUGGAUUCAGAGAAUAACAGACCCGAAAGUAAAAGAAACGGUUGUAAAACGUUUUGUUAAUGACCAAGGACUGCAACAAGUGAAUAUAACAACAAUUAAUGAUACUGAAGAAUCAAAACGAGAAGUUCAAUCAGAAUUAGCGGAAUUAUACCGAAAUGUUCGUGAUCUAUUUACAUCAAUUCAUGUGAUUAAUAUGUUGAGUAGUCAAACAAAGAAAAUACAUUCUUUUGAUGUGUUUUACAAACGAUCAAGAACUUUAUCAGGUAAAGAAUGUAAUCUGACUCGAGACGAAUUUGAAAAAUGGAAUCAUUAUUUUCAUCUAACUGUUGAUCAACAAUUGAUAAAUUUUAUGAAUAAAGAUCGAUUACUUGGUGAUUCAUUUGCCAGUUUUAUUCAGAAUCUUCCGACCGAAUCAGUAGAAAAUUCGACAUUCUAUAAAGAUUAUCCAUCUUUAUUAAAUAUUCCAGCUGAUUGUGUGUCGAAUUCGUGCUAG